AUGUUUUGAAUUCAAAAGAGUGCGCGUAGACAGGUUCGCUUUUGCAAUGGGGUUUACCUGCAAUGGGGUUUACCUAAACCCCAAAAUUUUGCUGCAACAAGCUUUGAGCUUCGCCUGCUUCGCCUACCCUGACAUCUUCACUGUUCAACUUACCAAACUUUUCAAGGCUCUUCUUCCGUUCCGGGCAGUUUGGCUUGUUUCCACAGUAAGAUUUAAAAGUUGCAAAACGCAGGAUCCUUAACGACUGUGCCACCACCUUUUUUGAGUGUUAUUAAUUGUGGAAGAUAGUGGUGCGGUUGACGGCAGACAUGCUGCGGCGUAACGCGCGCUUGCGACGGGAGUACCUUUAUAGGAAGAGCCUUGAGGGCAAGGAGCGAGCGGUCUAUGAAAGGAAGCGGAAGAUCAGGGAGGCGCUUGCGGAGGGCAAGCCAAUUCCAACUGAGCUGCGGAACGAGGAGGCGGCCCUGCGGCAAGAAAUCGAGUUAGAAGAUGAUGUCACAGCAGAGCAGCGCACGCACAUAGAUGAUGAAUAUGCCAGGGCGGGAGAGAGGGACCCCAAAAUUUUGCUCACAACGUCGAGGGAUCCGAGCAGCCGCCUCACGCAGUUUGUCAAGGAGCUCAAGAUCGUGUUUCCGAACGCCCAGCGCAUCAAUCGGGGCGGGCAAGUCAUCUCCCAGAUUGUCGAGGCCUGCCGCUCGAACGAUUUUACCGACAUCGUAAUGGUCCACGAGCACCGAGGGGAGCCGGACGGUCUGGUCGUGUGCCACUUACCGUUCGGACCGACGGCCUACUUCGGACUGUCCAACGUGGUCACGCGGCACGACAUCAAGGACCGUGCGGCUGUCGGGACGAUGUCGGAAGCGUUUCCGCACCUGAUCCUGAACAAUUUCAACACAAAGCUCGGACUGCGAACCCAGAACAUCCUCAAGUUCCUCUUCCCCGUCCCCAAGGAUGAGUCAAAACGGAUAAUCACCUUUGCCAAUCAGAGCGACUACAUCUCCUUCAGGCACCACAUAUACGAAAAGCCGAAAGGUGCCAAGUCCGUGGAGCUUAAGGAAGUAGGACCAAGGUUUGAGCUCCGGCUGUAUCAAGUAAAGCUAGGCACGAUGGAUCAGUCAGAGGCGGAGGAUGAGUGGGUCAUCCGGCCGUACAUGAACUCCGCAAGGAAACGGACAGCCCUGUAGCAGAAGCGCUCUUCAGGGUCCAAGAUAUAUUGUCACUCACAUUCUGCACGCAAGUCGUUCUCUAAGCUAGGUUGCUAGCCAAGAUAUGCUCUAUGUAAUUCGUCUGUGGCUGGUCAAGGAGACCCAUGCCACGGUUGCUGAAUGACGGUAGAUACAUCUGAUCGAAUUGUUGCAACGUUUAGUUUUGCUUGCCUAAUAUAGUUGGCGACGCCCUUUUGGUAAGCAUUGUAUUGCGCUAAAAUCCGUGAUUGGCAAUUAGGCAAAUGUAUACGAUAUACGUACAUGCAUGGC